AUGAAAAUCCCCAGGGAUAUUGUUUUCCAAGUAGUUCGAGGUUUUAGAGGCAGAACUAAAGGCUGUCUAAAACUUGCUUCAGUUCGUGCCGCCAAAGCUUUAAACUACUCCUUCCACUCCAGGAGAAAACGACACAGCCAAAUCCGGGCUCAUUGGAUUUCCACUAUAAACCGCGCAUCUAGAGAAUGGUGGGUAAUAUACUCAAGAUUUAUCGGAUCCUUAAGCAGAGUUAACUGCUCAUUAUCCAAAAAGUCGCUGUUCAUCCUAGCACUGAACGAGCCAGUUAGUUUCAAAUGUCUGGUUGACGAAUCAAAAUAUUUACUUAACGAAGUAGUAGAGAAAAGAAGAGAUAUAUCUAACAUAUAG